UCUCCCUCGAGUAUCGAACUCAUCAAAAACUUGACAAUCAGCUGUUUAAUGAAUUUUCAAAACAAAAAUAUUCCUUAUUUUUGACUUCUCCAUUCCCACUGGCACUAUUACCAAAAUAAAAAAGAAUGAACAAAUUAGCAAAACCAGCACUAAGCCUUAAACAGUUCAUACUGCGCCAAGAAGUCCUCAAACUCUAUCGUGAAAUCUUCCGCACCAUUCGUCAAGUUCCUGAAAAAUCAACACAAUACGAAUUACGUGAAUGGGCUCGCCAUGACUUUCGCACCAAUAAAAACCAAAACGAAGAAAUUGCCAUCAAAAUGCUCAUCCAACAUGGAAGAAGAUCAUUAACUGAAUUACAAAAUAGUCUCAAUCUAAGUGGCAACACAAACAAUAACCUAAAAAAGUGAUAGUCUUUCCUAAAAUUUUUGUCUUAAAUAAAUAUUUAUUCUGUCCAAAUUAAAAA